AUGAGUUCUCUGAAAUUCGCUUUUCUUCUCUUUCUCCUUGUCCAUGGUGUGCUUGCCAGAGGAAGCAGAAGGGAAGAAAUAAGCUUUGAUCAAAAUUACAAGGUCAUAUAUGGUGGCAAUCAUGUUGUGUCCUUAAACCAAGGGAAAGAAAUUCAGCUCAUGAUGGAUAGCUCUUCAGGAUCUGGCUUUGGAUCCAAGAUGAGUUACGGUUCUGGAUUCUUCCAUCUGAGGAUCAAAGUACCUGGUAGGGAUUCUGCAGGAGUUGUCACGGCUUAUUAUUUGACUUCACAAGGAAAUGGGCACGACGAGUUAGACUUUGAAUUCUUAGGCAAUAGAGAGGGGAAGCCAUACACAUUACAGACCAAUGUAUAUGUAAAUGGUGAAGGGAAUAGGGAGCAAAGACUUCACCUUUGGUUUGACCCCACAGCAAAUUUUCACGACUACAGAAUUCUUUGGAACCCACAUCAAAUUGUGUUUUAUGUGGACAGACUCCCCAUUAGGGUAUACAAGAAUAAAAGCAACGUUGGAGUGGGCUACCCAUCAAAGACUAUGCAAAUAAAAGCAAGUUUGUGGGAUGGGGAUAGCUGGGCAACAGAUGGAGGCCAAGCCAAAAUCAAUUGGAGUUAUGCACCAUUCAAAGCAAACUUUCAAGGAUUUGAUGUUAGUGGCUGUCAAGUUCAAAGCCUAAAUGAUCACCAACAUUGUGUUUCUGAUAACUACUGGUGGAACAGCCACAAGUAUUGGCAAUUAGAUCCUGCUCAACAAAAAGAAUAUGAAAAUGUAAAGCAAAAGUAUAUAACUUAUGACUAUUGUACAGAUAAGCAUAGGUAUCCUACUCCUCCCUUAGAGUGCCUCUAG